AAGCAUUCAGCACUUGUACAAGCAGGGGAAGAAAAUGGCCAGCAAGAAGGUGAUCGUCCUCGUGGCGGCGCUCCUCGUCGUCGCCGUCGCGCUGGAGGCCGUCCCUCAGGCGACCGCCGCCAUGGACUGCAAGGCCGGGUGCGCCGAGCUCAAGGACUCCCCGCUCGGCGGUGCCGCCGACUGCGAGAAGAAAUGCUUGGAGAUCGCCGCCACCAAGGGGCCCACGGACCCCAACAAGGCGGCCAAGUGGGACAUCCCGUAAACAUGAGGGCUUGUCGUCCACGUCCGUUCUUUACCAAUUACCACCGCCCCGGCAUCCAUGGAUCUCUACACGCGCAAUAAUGUUGUUUAAUUUCCCAAUUCAUUUCCUGUCUGGUUCUUUUUUUUUUCAUUUACAUUUUGAGCAAAUCAGAUCCCCGAUCGACCUGCAAUAAUGUUUUUUAAUGUUGCUCAAGAUGUUUCAUAGUUUUGUAUUAUUAGACGAAUAAAUUACUCCAAAGGAAAUGGAGCAGGCUUUAUUGUUUAUUCACACUAGCCAUCUAAAAUCUGA